AUUGAAUUGUGGGCCUUGUAGUUAUUUUUGGGUUUCCGUUGCCAACAGAAACAUAGCUUGAGUAUUCACCCAACAACUACAUUUUCCAUACUCCCUCAGUACUAACGGUAGAGCCCUGUGGUAUUCAAUGAAGUCGCUGUCGGACUCGGACGAGGAAGAAUUUGGAGAAUAUCAGAAAAAGCUGAGAGAAAGGGCUAACCGCAGCAUCCUGCAACUGACUGACGUACUCGGGGAUCCCAGCUCUGAAGCAGAAAGUAUGGAUGCGGGGGGCGGCCAGCAGACAGACAGCAUUCAGGGAGAAGACUCCUGGCACCAGCUGCAGCAUAGUGAUGCAGUCAAUCAGCUGAGAUCAUUACUGUUAAAGCAGGAGAAAGAAACAAACCUGCACAGCACAUUGAAGGGGAAGCCCGUGUCUGAGCAGCUGCAGCCUUCCUCCGGUCAGCAGAAGUCCUUCGAUGAUGCCUGCGUACCCGCCGUUCAGGAUCUGGUACCUAUCCUCCAGAAUCAGUCCGAGUACAUCCGGCACCUGGAGGCCGAAGUCAAGUUCUGCAAGGAGGAGCUUGUGGGGAUGAAGCAGAGGAUCAGGGUGGUUGUCUUGGAGAAUGAGAAACUGCACAGAGAGCUGAAGUCCAAGGCGGUGGAGGAGACGCUGAAGGACUACACCAUCCUGGAGGCCACGACGGAUGGUCCGGAACCGAUGGGCAGUACUCCCAAAGCAGACAGGGCUCAAUGCGGAGUGCAGGCUGCUGCAACAGUGGCCCAGCAACUGGAUACUAACAAAUGGCAGAAUGAACUGGCACAGCUUAAGCUGCUGUAUCAGGCACAGACGCAGGCUUUGGAGACACAGGUGCUGUCCCUAAGGAGGGAGCUGACGACCUCUCAGAAGGAGACAGAGGAGGUGAAAGGUCGUCUCCGGAGGCAAGAAGCAGCAUCCUCGGCUGGCGGCGGCCCGCGGGUUGGCGGCCUGUGCCUGCAGUGUGCCCAGCAGGAAGCACAUGGCAGCGUCCAUGCCCAGGCUGUCGAGAGACUCACCAAGGAGCGGGAUGAGCUGCUGGGGGCACUGUCCUCGCUGCGAGCGACAUACGCUGAGAUGCAGCAGCGGGAACACAGCGCCUACCAGCAGGUGAAGCAGGCCGUGGAGAUGGCAGAGGAGGCCAGCUUGGAGAAAGCCAGGGCCCAGGUGCAGUGUGAGCAGGUGCGUGGUGAGCUGGCCAGGCAACGGGAGCGUCUGGAGAGAGAGCUGCUGGCCGAACAGGAGAGGCUCACCCUGGCUAGGGAGGGGGUACGCAAGGAAGUCCGCAAGGAGAAGGAAGAGCUGGCAUGGAAGGUGACAGACCUGUCCCAGAAGGGGGCUCAGCUGCAGAGCCAGCUGGACUGGAGGGAGCGGGAAAGGAGCUCUCUGUCGGCACAGCUGGAGGAUGCACUGAAGAAGCUUGGUUCCCAGGAAGAGGAGAGCAGCAAGGUGUGCGCAGAUCUGCGGCUGCAAGUGACCCAGUGUCAGCUGCGCAGGGAGGAGGCAGAGAGGGCCCUGCAGGAGCAGAGCACUCGCAGCAGCAGGCAGCUGGAGCUGGCCGCUCAGGAAGCCGCGAAGCUGGCGGCGGAGCUGAGUGGCUGCCGGCAGCGCCUGGAGGCGGCUCAGCGGGCGGCGGGCGUGGCCCGGGCGGAGGCGCUGGGCCUGACGGAGCGGCUGGGCCGCGUGCGGCACCAACUGCACCUCACCAGAAAGGAGAAGGAGAUGGCCGAGCGUGACCGGAACGAGGAAGUGGUCGCCCUGACCUCCCGGGUGGAAGAGUGCAAGCGGGAGUUGAUGCAGAGGCUGUGUGAGGUGGAGGAGGACCAUCAGAGGAGCGUUGGGGAACUUGAGUCUCUGCUGAGCUCUCAGAAUUCCCUGAUCGGCCGGCUGAGGGAGGAGUGCCAUGGUUUGGGGGCCCAGCUGGAGGAGGUGACCGAGAGCAGCAGGGUGGAGGUACAGCACCUGUCCCAGGAGAACCAGCACCUGCAAGACAGUGUGGAGAAGUUGAGGGGGCGGUGUCAGGAGAUGGAGGAGCAGUGUGUACAGCACGGCAGGAUGCACCAGCGCAUGAAGCAGAGGCUGCAGCAGCUGGACCAGCACAGUCAGGCCAGCGCUCAGCAGGUGCUGGAGCUGCUCAACAGGCAGAACCAGCUAAUGCAGGAGCGACAGGCGCUGAGCGAGGAGAUGCGGAGCCUGCGUGCGCGGGCACCUGCAGCUGCAAGACCUCCCACCUGAUGGUAGCGCCGGCCUACCUCCCCCCGCGGCCCCUGAUUGGGGGCGGCAGCAAAACCCCUGUGAGUGGCAGGAUCAAUCCCAUUGAUUUACAGAAAAGGCAGGGGGCGCGACAGGGCAUGGAACGACCCGGGCUGGCAGCAUAGAAGCCGGUGACCCCCCCCAGCUCCAGGGCGAUAGGACUGGGGAAACGCUCAGGGACUUGCUGUGUUCAGCGAGUGGUUGUGUGUGUGUGUGUGUGUGUGUGUGUGUGUGUGUGUGUGUGUGUGCGCGCGCGUGUGAGAGAGAGGUGAAGGCCGCCCACACGUACAUUUAUAAGGGGAGACGGAAACCGCUGCCAUUUUGUACAGUUUUGUUUUAAUUACAUUAAAAUGACUAAUACAGUAAA